UCGAAAAGAGAAGGACUGACUUCUCUUCUCUUGGAACGUUUGACCGACUACGGUGGUUUUAAUGUUGUACGUCAGUUGCGGCAGGUCACGAGGAACGGCUCUCAAGAUGGCCUACAUUAUACUACUUCGUUCUUAUCGUUGACCAGAAAGAAAGAAAAAGAGAAAAGGAGAAAAAGAAGGACGGAGAAAGGGACGGAAACAGUAACACACAGAGAGAAAGAGAGAGACAGAGACAGAGAGAGAGAGAGAGAGAAAGAGAGAGGAAGAAACAAAGAGAGAGAGAGAGAGAGAGAGAGAGAGAGAGAGAAAGAGAAAGAAGAAAUCUUAUCGAUCAGAAGAAUCGAUUUUUCAGCUUUUCGCAAAGUUCGAUUCUCGAAAAGAGAAAUGGGCCAAGCUUGGUGCAAAGAAAAGACCUCAAAGGCUCAGGAUUCGAAAUCCCCUUUGGAUAGAGUCUUCGUUCGAUGUGCUCAUCGGAUUUAUCCAAGCUUAAAAGAAGAGGGUUCCGUGCUCGGUGGUGCCACUCAAAGAGUAACGAGCUCCGAGAUUGGAUAUGCUGGUUCACCACCCAGAGAUGUCCUCACAAGGGGCAGAAGCAUCGACUCAGUCGACAGACCCUUUCAACCGAGCGAUUGGGUGGACGUCAACUUGGAGGUACCCAGUACACCGAGAGCUAACUCGGUUCUCACCAACUUGACCAUCGACACGAAUCUUUACCCACCUACGACUACUCCCACGUCUAUUCGUUCGAAUAAUUUGAAAGACGUGACACCGGUGCCACCGCCAAGACGAAAGAAGCGAAACAGAGGUAGACCAUUGCCACCAAAACCAGACGAAAUCAUAGAGAAAACGAGCGGCAAUUUGCGCCACGUAGAUUUAAACGAGGAGCCGUUAUAUUCAUCGGUAAUGAGUAACUCACCUAGAACGUUGGUUGACGAUUAUGCGACGAUGGACGAUGUCAUUGGUGGAUGUCGCGAACAGUCACACGAUCAAGUUAGUACCUUCCGAAGUCAGACGAAUGGAACGAGAGAUUUACGGGUGAACGAAUAUUCAAAGGGUGUAAUGCCUGAGGGUAGAAGGACGAAGGAGAUAUACGAGCACAAGGCGAGUAUUAGCGAGGUUAACGGUACCGGAAGAAUAAUAUCGAGCGACGUGGUUUCCGGCAAAAGGUUGUUGUCCCACAACGAUAGGAAGACAUCGAAAAGUUUUAAUCAACAUAAAAUGCCUAUGACUGUUGAUGUUCAUGGUGAUGAUGAUAAUGAUGAUGAUGAUGAUGACGAUGAUGAUGAUGGUGAUGAUGGUGAUGGCGAUGAUGGCGUCAACGAUGACGAUAUCAACGACGAAUAUGAAAAAUUCGUUAAUGGCCGUGAUACUAAGGACUCAUCGACUCCUAAUAGGCAUGAGGAUAUUCGUAAAAGGACCAAGGAGUUUAUACAUAAUCGAUAUAUUGACGAUUCUACAACGAUAGAUCCUAAAAUAAUGGAGGUUAAUGUCAGACCAAAGAACUACAGCACCGUUAGCCUUCCAAAUUACGACGAGUUGGACGUAGGUAGACACGCGACGAAAAGGACCAAGGAUAAGGGGGAAGAGAAGGGCGGAGGGAUAAGGGAGAACGAGAAAAUAAGAUCGAGGAGACCCGUCAGGAGCAGCACGGGAUCUCUUCCGGUCGAAUCCUUCCUUCUACCUUUCUCACAGAAAACGAGUAUCCGAUUAGAGGACUAUAUUCAACAUCAUGGAAGUACUGAGAAUCUAUCAGAGUAUCAGAUACCAGAUGGAAAGCUACCUUGCAGUGAUGCCAAUGCCAAGACUGAAUUCUUGAAGUACGAUCCGAGUAAAUUGGAGGAUUGGGACCUUGGUGACAUUGGUAAUUGCGAAUUGAACCACAGGCAGAGACCCCUUGAGCGUUCAGGUAUAUCAGAUCAUGAUGUAGUAGAUUUUCAGCCGACACGUAAAAAUACGAACGAAUUGGAAAAGCCAGUGUCCUUUGGGAAACCAAUAGAGUUCGUUCAUGAGGAUUCUAAAAUUGAUGAGAAACUACGAGAACGGGACAGAUACCCGCAAGAAGAAUCGAAAGAAAUACCGAAACCAGAUCGACCGUCAAUGUGCAGAGAAUCAUCAUUUUGUUUGAAUCAGAGCAAUCUUUUUUAUUCAGAUACAAUCGAGGACGUUUCAGGAUCAAAUAGAAAGAUGAAAAAUUCCGAAGAUAUAGAUCUUUGUUCUAAUUCAAAGAGAAUAAUGAUAUUUGGUAGGAGUUUAUCGAACGAGAGUGAACCAAAUGAUCCAGAUGAGAUGUCUUGCGAAACGAAGGAAUUACGUCGAAGUGAUAAAAGUGAGAUAAUUGGUACGAUAUCGGAGGAUACGUUGAUAAAUUAUAAGGAUAAAUUAAUCGAAUACGACGAGGGAGAUUUGAAAAUGAUGAAAACUCCACCGCCUAGUCCAGAAAAUAAAAGAAAAUCUGACAAUAUGUCCGAAAACGAACAUUUGACAUUAUUAAAGGAGGUUUUAAAGGAGGAAGCCGCCACCGCUGCUGCCGCCGCCGCUGAUGGUAGUAACUUUAGUUCGAUGACACCGAGUUUGACCGAAUUAGAAGUUGCAUUAUCGGACAUGUUGGAGAAAGAACAAAAUGAUCAAGAGAAUGUUAAAAACGAAAAUAUAUAUAUGGAUAAGGAAGAUAAUGAUACUGACGAUGGAACAUCGUCGUCAUUUAAAAACGAAGAGAACGAAACGAAAUUGAUCAAGAUCGAGAAAAUUAAUUCUAAGGAACGUUUAUCGGUUUCAUUGGAUGAUAUAUUAAAACCGAAAAUAUCAUCUAAUAAUAAUAAUAAUAAUAAUAAUAGUAAUAAUAAUAAUAAUAAUAAUAAUAAUAAUAGUAAUAAUAAUAAUAAUAAUAAUCGAAGAAAGGUGUCAUUUUGUGCCUGGGAAGAAAAGGAUUUGCCAGAAAAAAAUGAAACUAUUGUCAAUAGGUACGAUAGUACGAUAAACGAGAGAUCUAAUUCAUCGAAUAUACCAAGUAAAAGUAAUGAGGAUUCGUUUGAGAUAAAAAAAUCUAAGGAUAUUCCUACGCCACCGAGAAGAAGACACAGACCUUCCUGUCCUUCGGGAAUUCUCAAGGAGGAACAACGAAACUUUACAAAUGGUGCCAAGAUGCAUACGGAUACGAUUGAACACGACGAUAGACUCAUCUGAUCUCGACGCUAAUUUAUCUUCUUACACGUUCGUUUUAAUUCCUUCAUAAAUAUAUUAUAUUAUAUAAUAUAUUUAUAUAAUAUAUAGUAUAUAAAUAAUAAUAUAUUUAUAAAUA